AAUCUAGCUAGCUGCUAGCUAGCUAUUGGGCGCGUUGCUUGCUAGGUCUUGGGAGUAUAAGCGUGAGGAGUUUGCGCAAGCUCUCUGGGGAGAUAUUAAGGGAAGCAAGCAUAUUCCAGAGCUGGUAUACCUACUACUAGAAGUCUAGAACUUGGGCGGCAUGGAUCAGCUUGACGAGCAGUCCUUCCUCGACGAGCUCAUGUCGCUGCGCCGGGAGGAGGCGCUGCCGCCGGCUCCGGCUCCGUGGCAGGCGUACCCGGGCAGCGGCAUGAUGACGACCAGCGACCUCCUCUUCUACGGCGGCGAGGGCGCGGAGGCGAGCAGCGGCACGGACAUGGCCGGGCCGUUUCUUCAACAGCCCAUGGCGCCACCGCCCUCCGCACCUCCUCACCGUUCGCACGAGGAGUUCAACUUCGACUGCCUCAGCGAAGUGUGCAACCCUUACCGGAGCUGCGUCGGCGGCGUCCAUGGGCAUGGGGUCGUCCACGCUGCCGGCCAGGCGCUGGCUCAGUAUCCCCUCCACGACGCCAUGGCGGAGGACGAUCCGAGCGGCAGCAACCUGCAUCGCGGUGGUGGGGCGUCGUCGUCCUCGGUGCCGUUCGUGUUCGGAGCAGGAGGCGCCCGGGAGAGCCCGGAGAUAAUCAGGGGCGUCUUCCCCGGCGCCCACGCUAGAAGCAAGCUCAACGGCGGCACUACGUCCAAGAACCUCAUGGCGGAAAGGCGGCGCCGGAAGCGUCUCAACGACCGCCUCUCCAUGCUCCGCUCCAUCGUGCCCAAGAUUACCAAGAUGGAUAGGACCUCGAUCCUUGGGGACACCAUAGACUACGUGAAUGAGCUAACCGAGCGGAUCAAAACCCUUGAGGAGGAGAUCGGCUCCACGCCGGAGGAGCUGAACCUGCUGAACACCAGGAAGAAUUUCUCCAGCGGUAGCAGCGAGGAGAUGCCGACAAGGAAUUCCACCAAUUUUGUCAUCGAGAAGCAGGGCGACGGCGAAACGAGGAUCGACAUCUGCUGCGCCACAAGCCCCGGCGCGCUGAUCUCGACGGUGAGCGCGCUGGAGGUGCUGGGGCUGGAGAUCGAGCAGUGCGUCGUCAGCUGCUUCGGCGACUUCGCCAUGCAGGCAUCAUGCUCACAAGAGGAAGGGAGGAGCCAAGUGACAAGCACCGACGAGAUCAAGCAGGCAUUGUUCACGAGUGCAGGCUAUGGAGGAAGGUGUCUCUAGAUCUAUCGAGCACGCCAAUUCAUCAAGCACAUGCACAACAAGCUGCUUGUAAUUGUAAUUUUGCAACCGUCCGUGAGUUCUGUGUUUGCAACUUUGCAUAUAUUUGCUUGAUUUGUUUUCAAAAAUAUCUGCAUGAAUUAAUGUAGUGUUUAUGUUAAAAUUUUGAAUAGUAGUGCUAUCUAAAGUUCAGCUGUUUGCGACCAGAUUGUAAUAGUUGGGUGUGUGUCCGUGAGUGUAAUGCAUGCUUGUAUAUAUCAA